AUGAAGAAUUAUUCAAAUGGUCACGUAACGAUACAUGAUUAUUUUAUGAUGUACUUUGCGAAAUGGAAGCGAGUCGCCGUCGUAUUGCUCGCCGUUUGGAUUGUCGUCACCUAUUUAGUCAUAUCGCCUUUAAGAUGCAGCGGCAAUUCAGAUGAGAUCCCCGACGUCCAGGAGAGGUUGAAGCGGAUGUCUUCGGAGCUGGAAGUCCUGUGGCAGAGAAACAGUAAGCUCAUAGCGCAGAUAAAGAAGUCUUCAGGGCUCAAUGGCAAUCUUAAAGAUUUAGACCCGGCGUUUUGGAACCUUGAAGCGGGACUGGGUCCGUCAGAGGAAUAUGAGAAUCUCCGGAGGAGGAUCCACUCGAAUACAAAGGAGUUCUGGUACUACGCGAACCAUGAGCUCGGGAAGUUGAUGCACGAGAGUGACAAGGAAGCGAAAAUACGAGCGAUUUUGGAACAACUGUCUGAUAGAAAAAGCACAUUACUGUCUGAUCAAGAAAAACUGUCGGAAAUGGAUGGUUACCACGAGUGGAGGCAACUAGAGGCGGCCAACGUCAGCGACCUUGUCCAGAGGAGGUUGCACUAUUUACAGAACCCGCCGGAUUGUAGGGAGGCAAGGAAACUGAUAUGCAACUUGAAUAAGGGCUGCGGCUUCGGUUGUCAACUCCACCACAUAGUGUACUGCCUUAUAUUCGCUUACGCCACCGAGAGGACUCUAAUCCUGAACUCGAAGGGGUGGCGGUACAACACUAAAGGAUGGGAGUACGUCUUCCAUCCAAUAUCGGAGAGCUGUUUGUCUUCGUACGACGAUAAAGUCGUGCAGUGGCCAGUUUCAUACGACGCAAAAGUGGUUUCGCUACCGUUUAUAGAUUCCAUAUCGCAGAAGCCCAAGUUCCUGCCGCUGGCUGUGCCUAAAGACUUGGCUCAUAGGAUAGUCCGCUUCAACGGCGAUCCGUCAUCGUGGUGGGUCGGGCAAAUGCUGAAGUUCGUCCUGAAGCCGCGCCUGCCGAUGCAGAAGGCGAUCAACGAUACAAUAGCCAAAAUGAAUUUCAAAUCGCCCAUAGUCGGGGUUCACAUACGCCGCACCGAUAAAGUUGGAACCGAAGCCGCCUUCCACCACAUACACGAGUACAUGGCGCACGUGAAGGAUUAUUACGACCAGCUAGAGCUGACCCGGCCCGUAGACGUCCGGAGAGUGUAUCUAGCCACAGACGACGCUAAUGUGCUAGACGACGCCCGACAAAAGUAUCCGGAGUACACGUUCUUAGGGGAUCCGUCGAUAGCGAAGACGGCGGCCACUCACCGUAGAUACACGCCGCUCUCGCUUACUGGCCUACUGGUGGAUCUACACAUGCUGGCCAUGUGCGAUUACUUAGUGUGUACAUUUAGCAGUCAAGUGGGUCGAGUGGCGUACGAAAUGAUGCAGUCGAACAGAGUGGACGCGUCAAACAGCUUCUUCUCGUUAGAUGACAUUUAUUACUUCGGUGGACAAAACGCGCACGACAGGGUGGCCAUCAUGCAGAACCACGGCGGGAAAAACGAGGAUAUAUCUUUUGAGGUGGGCGAUAAAAUAGGAGUGGCCGGCAACCAUUGGAACGGAUACGGACGCGGAACCAACAAGAGAACUAAUAUGAACGGUCUGAUCCCUUGGUACAAGACUGCCGAUCAUCUGGUGCUGUACCCGUUUCCAGAAUACAAACAGGUGCCUAUUUAUUCAGAAACGAGCCAAAAGAACGUUUAAUACCAAACGAAUUAGGUUCAAAUUACUGUAGUUUUUUUUUUGGUGUUUGUUUAAAUCGUUCUGUGACCUAUCGAAACGUUGACCGUUAUAUUAUGAAUCAUGUUGUUAUAAUUGUGAUGUUGAUUGUGAAUUGUUAACGUUUGUUUCUCUUGUUACUUGUGAUUGUAAACAAAGUGUACCCUAUUAAUAUUUUUUGUCUUGUGAGAUUGGUAUGAGCAAACAAAAAAAAAUGUUAAUCGUUUCUCCCCACGACUGACGUUUUUAAAUUAUAGCAGCAAGGAUAAACUGGCAACACUGAGGCGGAAAUUGCAUAGUAAAUUUCCCUUUGCCUAAAGGAGGGAAAAAAAAUCGUAGUUCGACAGUAGCGCCUCACGCGCUGACUGCGGGAAACAUUAAAUUAUACUGACCUAAAAUUAGGUUCAUUUCUUGAUAGCGCAAUGUUAGAACCCGAAAAAAAGAUAGUUGAUUUGUUCGGUAAUGAUUUCCCCGUGAUUAUUUAUAUUUCUUUUGUUUCGUUAACAUUCUAAGUAAGUCACUAAACGCGAUUAUUUAUUUAUUUAUUUAUUAUUAUUUCAUCCAUGAAUAUGUGAUUGAUACAAAUUUGAGUUCACUAUUACUCUAUCGAGAACCUUAAAAA